CAUUCAUCACAGUCCUCCACGAAGUGGCGAUGACUUGCGCUGGCCACAAUGAGGGCAGUAUCCAAAUCUUUGCUACAUAAUCCUACCACACGUCUCCUUUUGGCGUUUCUUGCUUGGAAGGCUCUUUUGAUUCUCCUUGCAGCAUUUUGUCCAGGUCCUGGGUAUGAUACAUCAGCGCUCAUUCUGUCUGCCGAUAAUUCUCUCCGGCGUCUCAGAUCCCAGUCGUUGUCUCUUUCCAGCCGCCUUUCCCUCAAUCUUUUUCGGUGGGAUGCGCUGUACUUCGUCAAAGCUGCCCAAAGAGGUUACAUUUACGAACAAGAGUGGGCUUUCAGCUGGGCGUACACGCGAAUCCUAAGUGCUGCAACUCGCUUUUUAUCGCGAAAUGCUGAGCCAUCACUUCAGUUUUACAUUUGGAUUGCGAUAGUUAUUUCUAACUCUUGUCAUUUCAUAUCUGUACUUGUCUUAUAUCAGCUUCUAAAGGUCAUCCUGGGCCGUCAGCAGAAAGGGCAGAUCCCGUUCAUCGCAUCAAUUCUCCAUGUACUAUCUCCGGCUGGCUUGUUCUUGUGUGCUCCCUACACCGAAGCGCUCUUCUCAGCGUUAAACUUGUCAGGCAUGCUCUGCUAUGCCCUUGCCCAGGAAUCUAGAACCCCCGCUCAGGCUUGGUCUGCUCGUCAAGAUAUGUACCUUCUGACAUCAGGCGGCAUUUUCGGCGCAGCAGCCUUGAUCAGGGGCAAUGGCUUGUUUAACGGGCUCAUCUUCCUUUACGAUGUUACUUGUAAUAUUCCACGUCUUGCGACUCUCCAGCUAAGUAAGGAAGAACUCCGAAGGAUCUUCGUUACAUUAGUUUCUGGUGCUUUGAUCGCCGUUGGCUACUUCGGCCCUCAAUGGCUAGCCUACCAGGAGUAUUGUGUGCGACUCAGUUCAGGUGCGGGGAAAAGGCCUUGGUGUCAUGAUAAAAUCCCGAGCGUCUACUCAUGGGUACAGAGCAAUUACUGGAAUGUGGGAUUUCUUCGAUACUGGACUCUGCCGAACUUGCCACUGUUCCUGAUAGCAGUACCGACGCUCUGGUUACUGUUUCAAUCAAGCGCUACAGUCCUGUGGGACACUCUUCAGACCCCUGUAGUCGAAGCUGCCGAGUCUAAGACCAGGAGCUCUGCGGACUCAAGAGCUGUCAGCACAAAGAUUUCCACCUUACCACAACUAGCCUUGCCCCAGCUGGUUCUUGCUGUUCUAGCAACCACGAAUUUUCACGUCCAGAUCGCCAAUCGCAUAUCCUCAGGCUAUGCUAUGUGGUAUUUGAUGAUUGCAAAAUGGAUCACGGACCGAAAAACCCAAAAACACGGACAGUCACAGGUGCUAUCCCAAUGGGUAGUGCAGUGGAUGAUUAUGUAUUGUAUGAUUCAGGCCAUUUUAUUCGCGAACUUUCUUCCUCCGGCGUAGCGG